AGUGAGGAGUUAACUCUGACAUGCAGUUUCUGUUUUGAUUGCUUAAUACAUCUUGCAGAAGACUUCGUGAAGUGAUUCAGCUUGCCUGUAUGUGUGAUUUCCCUUAACAUUAGUCUGUCAGGAAUUUGUUUCCUGAAGCCAUGGAUUCUAAAGCUCUUCUGCCACCUCAGAAGAUAGAACUGGGUCCUGCUUUAGAAAGUAUUGGGACCCAAAAAGAAAGUACCCAGCUAUCAACUUACGAAGGAAGCUGCCCGUUCAGCAGCCGGAACAUACCCAUGGCAAACCAGGACAGAAUCACCUCCAGUGGGAGUGAGGACAACCCAACGUUUAUUUCCGAGAGCAUGACAGUGACAUCAGCUGAUGAAGAGAAACUACUGCUUCUGAACAAGAACACAGAUCUACGAAGGCUCAACAAGGAUCUGGUGAAACUGAACCAGGAGUGGGAUCAUAUCUACCGUACAACCACACUUGGCAUGCAACAGAGGAUAGGGUCUCUGCAGCAAGAGGUGGAAAACCUGAAACAACAUGCAGAGAGACUAACUUUGAAGCUGGACCAUGAGCAGAAUAAACGGGAAUACUUUGAACAGACCCUAGUCCAGGAGCUAAAGAAGAACCAGAACCUUCAAGAAUAUGUCCGGCAUCUUGAAAACAAACUUCAUGGAAACCCAGACAGAAAGAAAGUGGAAUCAUGCUAUCCUCCAUGGACAGGUGAAUUUUCAGAAACUCCUUUCCAGUCCCCAAGAGUCAGCUUCAAGUUAAUGCCAUCAGUAGAAAGUGAAAUGGUGCAUAAGUCAGAAGGAAGCAGUCUGCCCAUAUCACCAAAGCCCAGGCACUCCAAGCAGGCCAACAACAAAUCAUUCGAGAACAACAGUGAUGUUAAAGCAGAGGUCCAGGAACUGAAGGCACAAUUGGAGGCCUUGAAGUGUCAGACAAAAAUUUAUGAAACAGACUACAAGACAGAACACAAAGAUCGAGAAAGAAUACAGGCAGAGAACGAAAAACUUCGCAAGAAGGCAGAGGAAAUGAGACAGCAGAUGCACCUUCUACACGAGCAGCUUAAAAUCUAUGAGGAUGACUUCAGGAAAGAGCGGUCAGACAAACAGGUACUUCAGCGUCUUCUAAAGAGAAACUCUGGCACCAAAGAGGCAGUUCUAGUUCACCGCUGCAACAAUGAUCAUGAGAAGCCAGUGGCAGCAACCUCUGCUCCAGCACAAAGAAAGGGCUCCAUCAGCAAGCAAAGUGAGCAUCAGUGCCACAAACAACUAGAAUGUUCCAAGCACCCCCUUCGGAAGGAUGUCCACGUUCAGGCCACAUCUUUCUCUAUUGACUACAAAUAGAAGAAGCAUACCCCUUCUUUUAUCCCUGUAUGUCUAGUGAAAGAAGAACAGAAAGGCAUGAUGACUAUGUGGAGAUGAAUGGCAUGCUAUUGAGGAAAUCCUCUAAAUCAAACCUUCUCUCAUCCAUAGUGAUCUAUGCAGAGACUUUUAUUCAGCACAACUAGGAUAUUAUGGUGGCUCUACCCUCAAAUUUUUAUGGAUACUGGAACUUUUCUUUUGCUUAUUUGCUUAAAAGUAUAUGGAGGCUAAGAUGCAACUACUGAACUGUAAGGUUUUUGAUUCUACACAAGAUUGCUGUAAAGAUAAACAAAUAGGUCUGAAAAUGGUUACUGUUCCUGGACUUAUUUAAAAAAAAUCAAACUCCAAUGUGUCUAUCUAGCAAAGUGUAAAAGGAAAUAUUUAGGCAUGACAGUUUUUUUUUUUUUUUGCUUAUAUGUAGAUAGUAGAGUAGAAAUUAUUGCUAUCUGAUAACGUGGUGUUAUGGUUAACUGAAUGUAAUGAAACUGACCAGCCUUUGUUACAUACGUCGUUUGUGUACAUAAUUCAAAACUUUAUGAGGUCUAUGAUAAUGCUUUCACUUUUUGUGGCAGACAAAGCACUGAAAAGCCUGUCAUAAAACAUCAUUAUGUAAGCCUAUUCAGAUAAAUAAUUGUACAGCAUAUACAUUUUUAAUAUUCAAAAUACUAUGAGAAUGAAAAUCAGAAAGAACUACAUGACAUCAGCUGACCUGUAAACACAAAUAGGGACACAUUUUGUUGAAGAAAAUGAAGUCACACACCCACAUAGAUUAUAGAGAUCUGGUUUGCCACAGUCACAAACUUGUCUGUAUCCCUUAUUUAAAGAAGUAAACUUUACAUUUUUCCCCAAAAUAGGACCUAUCUUUCCAGUAUGCAUAGAAGAUACAAAAGCGAUUCCGUAAUUCAGCACACAACGCUGUACUUAUAAACACAAUAAAAAAGUCACCUCCUUGGUUUUACCAUUUAAAGAAACUAAGGACUAAAGUCUUAGUGAAAGACGUAUACCUACAUCAAAUGCUGUUCUUUUACAUCUACCUGUCAGUGCAGCAAAUGUCAUAACCUUCCAUGAAGGCUUUCUUAUCAAAUGACUGCCCUCAGAAGGAAAACUGUAGGCUAAAGAGGUCUGCAAGGCUGAGAACUAUGUGACACCAUGGGUCCAACCCACACCACUUACAGUGCACUGCUAGGGAGAAAUAAUAAAAAGGGCCUCCAUCAGCAGAAAGUGCAGCUCUUGUUUUUUUUUUACGAUUAAUGGCAGUCUUAAUGUAUAGCUUUCUAUGUAGAUGGCACCUUCACCCCUCUUCCUUGGUCAUACUGCCCAGGAAACUUAAUGGGAACUGUGUUAAGGGGACUUGUUGAGUAGCGGCACCAUUUGUAUUUUGUCUGACUGGGUAAGAUGUGCCCAGCUGAAUAUUUUAUAAAACAUUAAAUUAAUUUUUUUUUAUUUACCCUCCCUUAAAUUUCUGAGUGAGUGACACUCUUGUCUGAGAAUCAGCUACAUGAUUGUGAGUGUAUGUGGCAGAAUGCUGUAGGAGAAUGGGGGAAACAAAAGGAGAUGCCAUCUUGGAUAAGUCAGAAACAUUCAGAUAUGAUACCAUAGUAGUCAAUGCUGAACAACACACUUCACACUGAAGAAUUAAUGCCAACAUUAAUGAAAUCUAAUGUUCUGCUAGAAAACUGCAAUAGGAAUAAGAGCUAGAUGAGAGAAAAAGCAAAAUGGCAUGACAGAACAUGUACAAUAAAUGUCUCUGAUAUGUCUGCGGAGUGUUGUGAAACAGGACUAGUGGCUGACUGCAAAUUUAUAUCCUUGUAAUGCUGUUUUAAUUAUGGAAUGAGCAAACGUGCCCAUGGCUGAGUUAAUUUCUAGCUAGACAGAUCUACUGUCUGGACAAUCACUAACCAGGCUCGUGAAAAAGAAUCAGCCAUUUUGUCAAUACAUUAUCAGUGUUCAUGAAAGGAACUUGCUGAUAAAAGGCAUAUCACCGGAUUCAUGUCUGAUACUUCAACUCACAGAAUUAAGGCUAUGAGAUGUGGUAGCUUUAUCAUCAGACAAGAGACCUUCUAAUGCACUUAAAAUAUCUACUGCUGAUAGGGUAAAGCUGUUUUCCUCAUAUUAUCUCCCCUACUGGAAAGGGUAUCUAAACCAUAACAAUGAGUCAUCAGUCAUUAAUAUUUCAUUACAUUUUGCCACUCAUGUUGUAAGGAGGGCUAAAUCCUUAACUGUGGCCCAGCCACCCUGGGACAGGUUAGCAGCUCAGGUGACUGAUGGAGUGGCAGGGAGGAAUGGGCAUUACCAUCCUGGGGGGGGGGUUGGAUGGCCCCAGUGGCCUCUCUGACAGCAAUCCCUGAUGGAAGCUGGGGUUGUCAUUCCUUGAUGGAUGGUUUUCCAUAAAGGUGAAUAGGGUGGGGGUAUGGCUAAGCUGCCAUGGAGACAGGGAGAAACAUCACAUCUCUCCAUUGCAUGUCUGACCCAGACUUAACCACAUAAACUGCAGGGACAUGGAGGAGAAAGAGGGUAGGUCAUAAAGUAACACCCUCCCCAAGCUAGAUGAUGGAUGACAACCCCCACCCCGGGGCAUCUUUAGGAUCCUUGUUGGUCCUGGCUCAGAUUUGGGCAAUGGACUGGGGGUGAAUUAGGGUUCAGGUACACCCAGUAAUAGGCAUGGGGUACUGAGACAGCUGUGAGAAUGAGAGUAGGUGAGCAAAAUAGAACUUAAAAAUAACAUAUCUCCAUGCAAUCUAACAUUCCAUAUGCAAAUCUGUAAGUAAUGCAGCACUCACCUGAAAUGAUCUGUUAUAAUAUCCCCUUCAAAAGGCCUAGUAUUGCUUUAAGUUAAACAGAUCACGUUUUUCCAUUUGGGUCACCUACAAACUAUCAGAAAAGUCAGUGCAUCAAGGGGGCCUAAGUUAAGUAUAUGCAGUUUUAUUCUCUUUUCCUGAGUCCUUAUGAGUAUAUCACUAAGAUGUAUCAAAAUGGAUGCUGAAUAGGUUUUAGGUGAUUUAGAAGACCUCUUCUUUUUUGCUCUUACUAGCAUUAAUGUUUCCUGAUUUUACUUAUUUUGUCUGUCCUCAGAGAAGGAAUUUUCUUUAAUCAAUCUUUUUUGUCUCUUUUUCUUAAAUUCACAAAAGGAUGAAACACAGUAACUGGGUCACUCAUUUGAAAGACUUCAUUAAUGGUGUCCUCUUUUGAAAUGUUAUUUAUGGUUGAGGCAAGGAUUCAUAAACCCACACGAGAGUCGUGUUUUUUUUCCUAUGGUCCAUGAUUUCUGGCCACAUGAAAGGACAGCUGCACAGAAGCACACUCAUCAGAGACAGACUUGCAGUCUCCAGUUAACUCAACAAUGCUCACACAGUCCAGUAUGGAAACAAAAUGAACAUAAUAAACACAGAAAUAGCUACUGCAGUACAUCAGUACUGGACUCUUUCAGUUACUCUCUUUAAAUUAUUGCCAACUGUGUGAAGGGGCAGCAAAACAUCCUAUCAGUUAAGGAAAUCAGAAUUAUUAUUUUUUUACCUGGUUUAAUUUUUAUUAUACAUGUAAAUGAUCUGGCCUUUCUCAGAUUCUUUUCAAGCAAAAUGUGGGUCAGAAAACUAAGUGGCCAGCCAGCACAUUAUUGGGCUGCUGAAGGAUGUAAGUACAUUAGAGUACCUGGUGAAAAUGCAUGCAGACAUGGACACCAUGCAAGCACCACUAAGUGUCUGAAGGUCAGGACUAAACCUACAACUCUGGGGCUGUGAGGCAAAAGCUUUAACCAAUGAACACCUGUGCUGCCUUAAGUAUGGUCAAAGACUAACAUGGAGCAUUUAUUCAGACUAAGGGAAGUUGGUAGUUGUAAAUCAUUACCAGAAUUCUGUAUUGGAAAAAUUGCCUACUUAUAAUUUUGAUAUAUAGUUCACUGGGAUUUUUCUUGGAGAGUGCUGGUGAGGAGCUCUGUUUGACAUGAAUGGGUGGUCUGUUCCAGAGUGUG